AUGGGAAUUGUUGCAAGGAACUGUAUGGGAGAAGUCCUGAGAGCUAAAAGUGUGAUGAGACCAAUAAUGGUUGACCUGAAGAUAGCGAAAGCAAUGGAGGCACUGUGGGCCAUUUUGUUUUGCAAGGAGGUCGGUUUCUUCAAUGUCAUUAUAGAAGAGGAUGCAGCACAGGUGGUAAAUGAGAUAAACUCUCCUCCUUCAUAUCUCUCUAAUACUGGGCAUUUCAUUGAAAGUAUUGUUAAGGAAAUAAAUAGGAUUCGUAGUGUUAAAUUUGGUCAUGUUCAUAGAGAACUAAAUGGUGCAGCACACGUCUUAACUAAGGUGGCGAUAGAGCAGAAGAUGAACAUGGAAUGGUUAUAA